CGCGCCGCGCCGCGCUCGCAGCCAUGGUGGGCCGGCUGAGCCUGCAGGAUGUGCCCGAGCUGGUGGACACGAAGAAGAAGGGCGACGGCGUCCUGGACAGCCCGGACUCGGGGCUGCCCCCCAGCCCCAGUCCCAGCCACUGGGCGCUCGCGGCGGCGGCCGGGGGCGGCGGCAACGGCGGAGGGGAGCGCGCGCCGGCCCCCGGGGCCCUGGAGCCCGACGUGGCGGCGACCCCCGCGGUCUCGAAUCCAGUGCUUGCAGCAGCCCCAACCCCCAUCUGCUCUCCAAGGCUUUGCCCUCUGUCCUUUGGUGAAGGAGUGGAGUUUGACCCGUUACCGCCGACGGAAAUAAGGUAUACUUCCUCGGUCAAGUAUGACUCCGAGAGGCACUUCAUCGAUGACAUCCACCUGCCCAUGGGCCUGGCUGUGGCUUCGUGCAGCCAGACGGUCACCUGCAUUCCCAACUGUACGUGGCGCAACUACCGUGCUGAAGUGCGCUUCGAACCCCGCCACAAGCCCACACGCUUCCUCAGCACCACCAUUGUCUAUCCCAAGUACCCCAAGACCGUCUACACCACCACCCUGGAUUACAACUGCCGUAAGACGCUCAGGAGGUUCCUGUCCAGCGUGGAGCUGGAAGCCACCGAGUUCCUGGGCAGCGAGGACCUCGUGGAUGAGUGCUGACUCAGCCGGCCCAGGGGAAGCACUUCAUUGCGUCUUAUAAUGAGUGAGAGAAUUGGCAUAGUUUAAAAAAAAAUCUAUUAAAAUUUUUU